AUGCCCUGGCGGCCGCUGCCUCGCAUUGCUUUUGCUGUGGCCAUCUACCCGUUUCACCCCUCCUCCCCGGCCGACCUCCCCCUCGAACUCGGCGAUGAAUUAUACAUUAUAGAACAAGGCGGAUCGGACGGAGAAUGGUGUCGUGGUUAUCUAGUUGCACCGCCGUCACUGUUGGCGGGAUUGACGAGUACCAAGGGUCAAACUCUCGAGGCCCGCGUUUUCUCCGGCAUCUUUCCCCGGAACUGCGUUGAGAUCCGUGAGGUACUGGGGGACGGUGAUGGUUACAAGGCCAUGCUCAACGGCGAUCGGAAGAGCUUGGACCGAUUGACCCUGCCUGGCCUUGACACAGACUAUGUGUCUCGAAGCAGCUUGGCCUUCUCCAUAGGCGAGUCGACGACAGUCGGCGAGGUGACGGAUGUAGUCCUCGCAAAAAAGGGAAGGCCUGCACAGAUUGUGAUCAAUAAGACCGAUGAUUCGGACCUUUCGAGCCCGCGAUCUGUCCACACCUAUCGAACCGGAUCGAUCCCGCACACGCCUAUGUCCUUCGCUCCUCGAGAUCCCAGUGCGCCUAAACCUGCUGCGCCUGUGCCCAUGUUGAAAAUUGGCGAUGAGACCCCAACUUCUCUGACAGAACCGCUCGUCGACGAGAUCGCAUCAUGUCUCCGCGAAUGGCAUUCGACCAACCUACACGAGCUACUUCUCGCUCGUCAAUAUGAUGUACUGGAGGAGGUGUCAAGACUUGUCCAAGAAUUGGACUUUUCGCGACGCCAAUUGCUUCAUAAUGUGUUGACUGGGAAAGAGAAGGAAGUACUGCGCGAUGAGACAGUGUGGAAGCUUGUUCGCGCCAACAAGAUGCUUAGUGGAGAUAUCAUUGUGCGCGAUUCAGAACAAAGAGGCCGAUUGUUGACAGGCGAAGACUCCGCAAUUCAGCUGGCCAAGCUACAAUCCGAAAUGAGCAUGCUCGAUGAUCGUCCUACAACCACAUCCGACACCACGGCUUUGCAUCAUAUGCUGUUGGAAAUAAAUGCUGUAUCGGGAACUGUUCCAGGCCCUGUGACCCUUGGAAUGCAGCUAUACUCUCGAUCAGACGCCGGUGCGUAUCAUCCGCUGUCCGAGACGUAUAGCUUGGACAUUCCAUCUCCCGACAAAUUCAUUAGCUUGACACACAGUAACAAGCUGAAAACAUUAUUCACUGAACUUGCUGCCACUGAUAUCGGCGAUGGCAGCGCCAAUGGACGACAACUUUAUCUGGUUGCUUUCGUUCGGACGGUAGAGUCCCGGUCUGCUGCUGAAAUCACGCCGUCGAGGGCUUCUAUGUCGAGAGAAGGCCCGAUUACUACACGGACACCCAGCGCCGGAGGCGUGCAGCCAUCAGUUAAGGGAAGCUUGAGGACACGGCGCAGUAUGAUGUGGUCUCCCAAGGCACGGGGUAGUCCGACCCUUGAUCAAUCAGUCAAGUCUCCUGCCCAAGCGGUCCCACGGUCAUCGAGCAGCUCGUCCAAUACCCAGGAAACAACAUCUCCUCAACCGGCGCCCAUGAAAGAAUCGAUGGCCAUUCGCACUGUGGGAGUUGGCAUCUUGGAGGUAUCCCCUGUUCUCCGACAAGACAAAGAUGCCGAGCAGGUGAUCAAUAUCUGGUCGACUCCUCAAGAGGGCGAGGAAGGCGAGGCUUACGCGGAAGGCUUUGAGAAGUUACUUCAAAUGCUGCUUCCGAACGCUAACGGUCGAUAUGUGCGAUCUCAAUCGGCCGCACGUCUACAUCUCCAUCUGCAUCCAUUCACCAGUACCGAUACCGAAACCCUUGUCCGUCAAAAUCCCACGAUUUUACACGAUGUUAUACAGACGAGGCGCAUCGGUUUUUCCAAGGCACCUGCGAAGCCUCGAUCCGACAUCUAUGUUACACUUUCACAGGCCGUGCUCCCUACCGAUGCGCUGCUAUCUCAUCCGUCUGCUGGCCAGAUUUCCCUCCAAACGAAUACUGGUCUCCGCAAUCUUCAACUGACCUUAGAGGUUCGCGAUGCAUCUGGCACACGUGUGGACAGAUGUGUCUUCCCAUCCUCUGCUCCGACCUCUGUGACAGCUUGGCGUACGACCAUCGCUGAUCGCGGCUUUCCGUGGAAUCAGACAAUUCGCCUGAAAAUCCCUACAAACCGCAUUCCUGGCUCUCAUAUCAUUAUGAGUGUUGCGGAUGCACCGGAAUUCCCCUUCGCUCUUGCAUGGAUGCCUCUUUGGGAUCAGAAUGCGUUCAUUCGAGAUGGUCAACACUCACUUCUGCUUUAUGCUUACGAUAAGCAGACCUCUAGUAUUGAGAAUGGCAAGGGCGCCUAUCUCAGCCUCCCAUGGAGUGCACUUGGCAAGAACGAAGCUGCCAAGGACGAAGCAGUCACCGGCCCUCUAGCAACACUGCGUCUUGAAACCCAUCUGUGCAGUACCGAGUACUCACAGGAUCAGGUCAUCUUGAGUCUGCUGAACUGGAAGGAACGCCCCGUCGACGAGGUCCUCGAUACCCUGAAGCGUCUCCUCUUCGUCCCAGAGAUUGAGAUUGUCAAGCAGCUCCGCAGUGUGUUUGAUGCACUGUUCGGUAUUCUUGCUGAGAACGCUGGAAACGAAGAAUAUGAAGAUUUAAUCUUCAACAACCUGGUCACCGUGCUGGGGAUUGUUCACGACCGGAGGUUCAACCUCAGCCCCUUGGUCGAUAAUUACGCUGACUCGCAAUUCAACUUCCCCUUUGUCACCCCGUGCCUUAUCCGCAGCUACUUGCGCCUUUUGAACGCCGCGACCGAGCUCCAUCAGUCUCGCAAUCUCCGUGCCGCUUUCAAGGUGGGACGCCACUUGCUCAAGUUCAUCAUCAAAGCCCGCGAGCAGCAAAAGGCCAAGGAAGAAGGCAUUGGAAUUACCACUGUGCAGUCCACUUUCAACCGAGACUUGCAUACAAUUUUCAAGUCCAUGGAAACAUUGAUGAAGAACCCCUCACCGAGUUUGGUGGGAAGCAAGACCUUGAUCGUCCAGCACUUCCACUCAUGGCUCCCCGAGCUUUCUAAUGUCCUCGGGCGGGAUGAAAUGAUAAUGAUCGCUUUGAGUUUCAUGGAUUCAUGCAAGGAUGUUACGGGAAUGUUAGUUCUCUACAAAUUGGUGCUUAUCCAAAACUACACCCAGUUCGAGAUCUUUGCAACCGGCGACGAGAGAAGGACUUUGAUUUCCAGCUGUAUUGGUUGGCUGGCGCCUUACUGGGGUUCCAAUGGAACCGUUUCGGAUCAGUACCGAGAUCAGGUCCGACUUAACAGUGCAAUUGUCGCUCAAUUGCUCUCUCAUCCGGAUCCUCAGCUGUACGAAUUUAUGCCGAGUAUUGUCGCUUCAUAUUGUGCUAUAGCAACUGAGGGUGUGGACGAGACUGAGUACCUGUCCUUACUGUUCAGCAAGGCUUUCCCCUUCCAGGUUAAGACUUCUACGAUCCCGCAGAAGUUUGACGAGUCGCUGGUAGAACUGUCAGCCAUCAUGGCCGCCAUAGCCAAGAUCGUGACACCCAAGAUGCCCGCUUUGAGAGAAAUGGAGCUUGCUACAUUCGUUUCACAAGCGCUUGAAGCCCACAAUUCCAUCAUAGAUUGUGAGGCGUAUCCUGAAAACUGGUUCAGCAUUCAUGUUUACAAUCAUCGGGCUGCCAUCAAGAGUCUCGAGCAUCUCGGGUUGCUCCUGAUUGACAAAUUCCUUCCCAACCCCGACGAUGCCGAUACCUUUGAUACUAGGCUAUGGGAAUCUUUCUUUACGACGCUGCUGAAGGUGAUCUCGAGCGAUGUUCUUGCCCUGGAGACAUUCCCUGAACAGAAGCGUCGUGCUGUCUGGAAGAUCGCUGGCGAUGUUCGCGAGCAAGGCGCGGAUCUGCUUCAUUCCACCUGGGAAGCGAUCGGCUGGGAUACUACCGAUGAGGAGCAGGAACGUUAUGGUUUGAAAAAGUUGGGGGGUUACCAGGUUCAGUACGUUCCGAACCUGGUUCCUCCGAUUAUAGGUCUUUGUCUCAGUGUGCAUGAGGGCCUGCGACAUGUUGCUGUUCACAUUCUUCGCACAAUGAUUCUGAGCGAGUGGGAUCUCAAUCAAGAUAUCUCGAUCAUCGAGACAGAGAUCAUCUCUAGCCUGGAUUCUCUCUUCAAGUCUAAGCAGAUGAGUGAGAGCGUCAGUCAGAAGAUCUUUGUCGGUGAGCUUCUGGACCUGUUCGAAGGUGAUGCGGAGUCUGAUGAAGACCUAUUCAGCGCUAUGAAAGGUCUCAUUGCAACUGUCGAUGAGCUUCUUGACCUGCUGGUGGCCUCGCAGAGCAGCGCGUCCAUUCAAAGUCUCCACGCCCUGAAGCUUAUGGAAUACAUGAAAGACAUGGGCCGGGAAGACAUCUUCAUUCGUUAUGUCCAUGAAUUGGCCGAUGCCCAAGCCGCCGCUGGCAAUUUCACCGAGGCUGGUCUUGCUCUGCAAUUCCAUGCCGACCUCUACGAAUGGGAUCUCAACAAACCUGUUUCGGAGAUCAUGUCACCACCUUUCAUCGCACAAAGCGCUUUCGAGCGGAAGGAGGCCCUGUAUUUCUCCAUGAUCCAGCAUUUCGAGAAUGCGUUGGCCUGGGCUCCAGCACUUGCAUGUUACAAGGAGCUUGCGGCCCACUACGAAGCUACCACGAUGGACUUUGCCAAGCUCUCUCGGGCUCAGAGCUCCAUGGCUCGGAUAUACGACAUCAUUGCCAAGGGUGACAAACAGUUCCCCCGUUACUUCCGGGUCGUCUACAAGGGUCUUGGAUUCCCUCCCGCCCUGCGUGAUAAGGAGUUUGUCUUCGAGGGGUCCCCGACAGAGCGCAUGGCAUCGUUUGUGGAUCGCAUGCAGCGGGAGCAUCCCACCGCACAGAUCAUGUCGUCCGGCGAGAUCCCCGACUACGAGGGCCAAUUUCUCCAGAUCAGUGGAGUCACUGCCCACCGUGAUGUUUCUCAUCCUGUCUUCCAGCGCUCUAAGGUGCCACACUCCGUUCGUGAACAUCUGUUGAUCUCAGAACCUUCUCGUUUCUCAGCUACUUCCCGGAGGCACACGAGUAGCUCGGACGUGCGUGAGCAGUAUGUUGAGAAGCUCAUCUUUACUGUUGCGGAGGCCUUCCCGAACAUCCUUCGUCGCAGUGAGAUUGUUUCUGUUCAGGAGGUCGCUCUCUCGCCCCUUCACACAGCCAUUGAGCGAACGUGCCGCAAGACACAGGAGUUGCAACUCCUGGAACGCCGAGCUGCAGCGGGCGAAGACAAUGGCUUGUCGAAUUUGACCGAGGCACUGGAACAACUGCUUGAGAUGCGGGGAUCCACCUCCAACUGUGUGGCCUUGUACCGCGACUUCCUUGGCGGUGCUCAGGGUACGAAGAACAAGGUUGAGGAAUUCGAGUAUGAAGAUGAAGAGCCAGAGGAACCCGAGGAAGCGGAGACGAUGGAUCCGAUGGAGAACGCCCUCGCUGUUGCCCUUAUCGACCAUGCCUUGGCGAUUAAGCAUGCGCUGUCCCUCUACCAGCGCCCAGCGCAUCUAGCCACGCAGGCGGAGCUCCUGCGUCGCUAUGAGAACGUUUUUGAGCCCGAAUUGGCAUCCCUCAUGACAUCCCCACCCGAGCAUUCGAGCCCGACACCGACCCAACCCCGCCAAUCCUCCACAUCAGAGCGUCGAAAUCAGGCUGUGCAGCGCUCCGUCAGCCCCGAGCAAGAGCUUAUCCGAGCCACCCGAGGACAUAGCCACACGCGUAAGCGCUCGGACAGGCAAUCGGUCAGCCAUCGCAUCAGCAUCAUCAAUCCUUUCAAGCGAUCUCACGGCCAAUCGAACUCGAUCUUCACCAUCCAGCCGUCGGGCAGCAAAGAAAAGAAUCUCGAGGAGCGCGAGGAAGAAGACGAUGCAGCCACCAUCCAUAGUCGGGCCACCGACCACUCCCGGGGUGGGAAAAGUGACAAACGGCGAAGCUGGUUCGGCGCCCAAGGCAAGCAUGGCUCUUCCCCGUCCAUCGCUGGUGCCGGCGAUGAGACCCUGAAGAAGCGGCCUUCUCGCAGUGCAUCACGCGACACGGGCGCGGCGCAGUGGGUAGUCCCCCCUGAGCGACCUGCACCCGUCUCGAGCGGCGGGUGGUCCACUCUUCCGCCGACGCGCGAUUAUUCUCGUCCGGUAACGCGUGAAAGCACAAAUGGAGGACGGGAAGUGACCCUUACGAACGGUAUCAAUGGUACCAAUGGUAACAUUGGCCCGAAUAGUGCCCAAGUCCCCUCCCAGCCGACCAGCUACAACACCAAUAGCGGGAUGCGCGAUUCAGUAUUCCGACGAUUCAGUCUUUUCAAGGGCGUCGGCCGCAAGAACAGCCGGAUGGAUUUCGAAGCGAACGGCGCGCUACUUGAGGAGUAA